UUUGAUUUCGCACAUUCAUAACAUUCCAAUGUUCAUAGGACAAAAAAUGCCUCUAGAUGACAAGUUUAUCUUUUGUGAAGCAUUUGAUGACAUACAGCCUGAAAAAGUAAUAUCACAUAACAUGCAUAACUCGUUCUUACGUAGGGCUUCUUAAAAAAUAAGUUAAAUGGUUUUAUUUGUUCUACUCAAACAGGCGUUACUGAAAUAGAAACUAAAAACGAAAUAUUUUCAUUUCCAACAUUCCCUUCAUCUGAUCUCAAACCGUGUAACUGUGUUAAAUCUCACUGUCUUAAACUUUACUGUGAAUGCUUUGCUCGAGGAAGCUAUUGUGAUAACUGUAACUGUAUAAACUGUAUGAACAACCACUCACACGAAGAAGACCGUAGAAAAGCUUUCAAACGUACUUUGGGGAGAAAUCCGUCUGCAUUUCACCCAAAGACCGAACGUAGCUAUUCUAAAGGAUGUACGUGCAAGAAGUCUCAAUGUUUGAAAAAUUAUUGCGACUGUUAUGAGGUUUUUCUGUCACCAUUUAUUCGUUUAUAAUAAUAGGCAAAAGUUAGGUGUUCUAAUAUGUGCCGGUGUCAAGGAUGUCGAAACGUUGAAGAUCGAAUUCAACGACAUUUACAAUUACCGCCUGUUCAUUCCAUCAAAGAAAAGCCUCAUUUGAGUAACAGAUUAACUUGCAUGGGCAUUCAAGAUCCAAUGUACAAUAAAAAUAAUCAAAUUGAGCUACCACAAAUUAACCAGGUUUUUGACCAGGCUUCACAUCCAUCUAUGUUGAACCUGCCAUGUGGUCAUUUCUACAAAAAUUCAAUCUUGUCUUCAAGGCUUUUUACACUUGAAGUCGUUGAAGCUGCAUGUAGUUGCAUCUUAGUUCAACUCAAAGAAGCCAAAUACAAAAACUUCCCUCUGUUUAUUCAGGAGAAGAUCGUCAUUGAAGAGUUUGGAAGAUGCUUGAUACAAAUACUUGAAUCGCUUACUGGGCUACGAAUUGCAAACAACUUACCCAAUAAUCCACUUCCGGAAAUCUAUAAACAUAACUACAAUCCAGAUUUAAUCACUUUAUUGUCUUGUGCACAAUCUGAGGUCUUUCAAGCGAUAGAUACAAAUCAUUCUGAAUUUCAUCAAAGUUUAAGUUGCGAUUCUCAGUUGCACCAACCGACGCAUUAUUUAGACACUGAAUACGGAUCUGAAGCUGUUGAAUGUGGUCAGAAAUAUUCUUUGUACAAUGAAGGCCAUGGAUUUGGUAACGUAAAACACAGCGAAUGCCUUCCCGCAAUAACUGGGGAGUUUCAUUUUGAAAGUGCUACAGAUUUGCCGUUUUUUUACAGCCAACCUAACUAUAGGUCUAAAAACUGCCCACUGAGUUUUUCAAAAGACUGUGAUUUGAAGGACAUUUCAAAGUAUCAGUCAGAAUCAUCUCACCUCAAUAUACAGGAUGUUCAUCAAGGCUGCAGUAAAGCUGGAAAUCCAACUGUUUUUCUGUCAGAAUCUUGUGCUUUCUCAACAAACCCUUAUUUUUCUAGGGAUAUAGAUUCUCGUCUAGUGAUUAAUGACAAACCUCACAUUCAGUCGUUUACGAUGGAACCUAUAUUACAUCCAAACAUUCAAUAUAUUGACAACAUUGAAGAAUUUGAAUUAAUAAAUCCAAUGGGAACAGUUUUGCAGGAUUGUCCUAGUGGACAUGAGCACUUAACAACUACGUAUGAGGAGGAUGAAACUUAUGCAGCUACAACUGCUUUACUCAACUCUUCUCUACAUUGUCCUCAAAAUCCAUUCAUUUUGUCAUCUGAAGUUAACUUCAGUGAAGCAGCUGAAACGAAAGAAAAUUUUUUUUGGCAUUCAGUUAAUGUGCCUUCAGAUACUAUUAUUAAUGACAACUCUACCAAAAAAAAUGCUUUGGGAAACAUACAUUAACCGUCAGCUGUUGAAUCGGAGGAAGUUCAAGAAGCUAAAUACGGUUUAAAUUUUAGUCCGAAAUUUGACGUUUAUGAUUUAUAAGAUAUAUUUCUUAGUUUAAAUUCCCCUGAAUUGAAUUUACUGAUUUACCUACUUAUGAAAUGCUUCAUGGUCCCGGUUAAUUUGAAUUGUAACUAAAUUUUGAUUUCCUCGAAAAGAUUUAAGUUACUUACCUCUUUGAACUAAUAUGCAUAAUUUUAUUUUACCAUUUAAUUAUUGUUUCUUUAUUUGCUUAUGAAGAUACAUUUGAAUUCUCAUAUGCUUUAGGUGAAUUUAAGAAUCGUUAGACAUAGUUUAUAACGUUAUUAGUUUGAAUGAAUUCUAAAAAAAUGUUUGUAAAAAUCACAAAAAAUGUGCUAAACAUUUUGUUUUUUCGGCUAAAAAUAACCAAAUCAAACUAAAAUCUACCA